UAACUGUCCUGUAACUUCUCUCCUGUAGGACCCCUUCCUAGCUGAGCUGCUCCACAGCAAUAAGGAGCAGAUAGUGGGCUAUCAUGAACACGACUCCCUGCUGGAUCACAAGGAAGAGGAGGCUCUCAGCGAGGAGGACCGCAAAGCAGCGUGGGCCGAGUACGAGGCGGAGAAGAAGGGUCUGUCUAUGCGUGUGAACCAUGGAGCGUACGGAGGACAGAUGGACAUGGGAGGAGCUAACAGCUACUUCCCCUUCAACGUGGCCGCACUGGCCUCUAUGUCCAACCCCCAGCUGGAGGAUUUGAUCAACCAGGGCCGUCAGAAGGUGAUGGAGGCCACCAACGCUCUCAAGUUCCUCCCCAGAGAAUCUCUAGAGGACACCAUCGGGAGAGUGUGGAAGGAGAACCCAGCCCUGACGGAGGCCCAGGUCCAGUCCAUGGCUCUGGGGAGACAGGCCACUGUAGAGAUGGAGCUCAAACAUAGAGAAGCUGUCUACAGAGACGUCCUCAAUAAGCAACAGACCCUGAUGAUGUACGUUCAGAAGGUGAUCACCAACAGGAAGGUGAGGGAGCAACAGAUCGCCAUGGCGAACCAGGCCCAGCUGAUGAGCCAGAUGAACGGCAUGCUGGGAGCUGGAGGCAUGAGCCAGAUGGAUCUCUUGGGGUUGUACCAACAGCUGGGGGCGUUACAGGGUCUACCCACCCACCCCUCCAUGGGCGGCAAGAACCCCGGCCCCUCCAAGGGCAACCUGUAGGGGGAGAUGGGGACCCGGGGCCUGCUCCAGAUGGUAGCCUGCUCCCUGCAUAGUGCACUAUCCACUAUCCAUAUUGGCUCAGUGCACUACUUUUGACCAAUGUAGGGAAUAUGGUGCUAUUUGGGACUCAGACCCACUCACUGCCCCCUCAGUAGGCUGCUCCGUCUCCUAUGUAGUGCGCUAGAUGGACCCGGAGCCCUAGGGUUUUGGUUAGAUGUAGUGCACUAGGUAGGGGAUAGGGUGUGAUCUGGGACGUAGCCGCUGUCUACAACCCUUCUUCCCUGGGGAGGGGAGAGACGUUACAGAGAAGACUGGUCUCAGAUCCCUCAUCACUCCAUCCACCUCUCCUGUCUCCUGAAGGAGCAGAGCAGAAAGCAGGGAGUGACAUCAUGUAUAGGGACUGUAUGAUGGGGUUUAGCUAUUUCAUUUGAAAUUCUGUAUAUACCGCCUUAAUGUUAUUCAAGUUCUCUUCUGUCUUUAGUUUUCAUGUAUUUAAAAUAACGUAAGUAAAUGAAAAACGUUUUUGCCCCAAAUGCUUUUAAGCAUUGUGUUAUUCUUUCCCCUUAAAGGAGGGUUUAAUUCAUUAAUUGAUUAUUCUGUAAGUUGUGUUUUGAUACAGUUUUAAUGAAUGCCUGUCUAUGGAAAGAAACACCGGAGUGGGACCAUGGUGCUGACUAACUGAUGACAGGACUGUUUUAGGAUAUUAAACAUAUAGAAGAUUAGAUCUGUUUAACCCUCCUCCACCAAGACACGCAGGCUGGCAGACUGACAGAGGCUGGCAGACUGACAGAGGCUGGCAGACUGACAGAGGCUGGCAGACUGACAGAGGCUGGCAGACUGACAGAGGCUGGCAGACUGACAGAGGCUGGCAGACUGACAGAGGCUGGCAGACUGACAGAGGCUGGCAGACUGACAGAGGCUGGCAGACAGCGGUGCUGGUGUUGUAAAACUAUUUUGGGAGAUUCUGAUGCGUAGCCAUGACAAGAAAAAAACUAAAACAUCCAAAUAAAAAUGAGGGCCUUAUUUCCAUUUCUUAAAGUUUUGUGUAUAAAUGAGAUUUCAGAUAACAUGUAUUUUCAAUCUGCUUCUAGCCCUUAAUAUUUCCACUAUUUGUCGCUGAUCAUGGUUAUUAUAUAAUGGUAAUAUGGAAUGCUCCUGUGUCGUUUUAAAACAAACUGUCCCCCCUCGCUCGCUUCCCCGGGACACUGUCCCCCCUCGCUCGCUUCCCCGGGACACUCUCUCUUUGUAAAGCUCAUGUUGUUGUUGUCAAGUUGUUGCCGAGCGUAGCUCCAUAUCCUGUUAGUGUUUCUUUCCUGAUCCAAGCCUGGUGGAGGACUGGCUAGAGGAGGGGAGGAGGGGAGGAGGGGAGGUUCACCAAGCAAGGUCAUGUCCAGCUCUUUUUUCCUUAUGGGUGGGCCCAGCAGGAAUCAAACUCACCAUCUCGACAUUACAAGUGCCAGGAUCAACUGACCCACAAAGGACUAUGAAGUUUGACACUGUAGCUUUUAAAUCAGGACCCGAUCCUUUCAAAAAGUGUUUGCACCUUCUGAUUCUAAUUGAGAUUCCAGUGAUCCAUUCCUUAUCCAGACCUGGGUUAGUGUUGAGCAGCACCAGACCUGGGUUAGUGUUGAGCAGCACCAGACCUGGGUUAGUGUUGAGCAGCACCAGACCUGGGUUAGUGUUGAGCAGCACCAGACCUGAGUUAGUGUUGAGCAGCACCAGACCUGGGUUAGUGUUGAGCAGCACCAGACCUGGGUUAGUGUUGAGCAGCACCAGACCUGGGUUAGUGUUGAGCAGCACCAGACCUGGGUUAGUGUUGAGCAGCACCAGACCUGGGUUAGUGUUGAGCAGCACCAGACCUGGGUUAGUGUUGAGCAGCACCAGACCUGGGUUAGUGUUGAGCAGCACCAGACCUGGGUUAGUGUUGAGCAGGACCAGACCUGGGUUAGUGUUGAGCAGCACCAGACCUGGGUUAACUGGCUAGCAGUGCUUGAUGACCGUGCUUGAUGAGCUGGAAACUCACUUUUCACGCUGCUUCGAAACUGAAAUGACUUUUCGUAGCAGGUUAGAAGAAUGAACAUAGCAGGUUAGGAGACUGAGGUUAAGGUUAGGAAAAACGCUCUCCUAACCUGCUGUGAGGACAGGGUCGUGUUCAUUAGGCAACAAACGGAAGAAAACUGACAAACAUGGAGGGAUUUAGCUGAACUUGUCCAAUAUGAAACGUUGGUUUUACUUGUCCAUUGCUUUAAUGAACACGACCCAGGCCUAUCCUAGUUCUCCACCCAGGCUAUCUGUUCUCUACUAUAGGAGGCACCCAGGCUAUCUGUUCUCUACUAUAGGAGGCACCCAGGCUACCUGUUCUCUACUAUAGGAGGCACCCAGGCUACCUGUUCUCUACUAUAGGAGGCACCCAGGCUACCUGUUCUCUACUAUAGGAGGCACCCAGGCUACCUGUUCUCUACUAUAGGAGGCACCCAGGCUACCUGUUCUCUACUAUAGGAGGCACCCAGGCUACCUGUUCUCUACUAUAGGAGGCACCCAGGCUACCUGUUCUCUACUAUAGGAGGCACCCAGGCUACCUGUUCUCUACUAUAGGAGGCACCCAGGCUACCUGUUCUCUACUAUAGGAGGCACCCAGGCUACCUGUUCUCUACUAUAGGAGGCACCCAGGCUAUCUGUUCUCUACUAAGGCACAUGUUUCUGCUCCUAAAUAAAAGUUGAAGUGUUGUAGCUGUUAAGAGGAGGAAGUGAUGACUGUCUGACCUGAUCGACAGGAGGAAGUGAUGACUGUCUGACCUGAUCGACAGGAGAGAGUUCCUCCAUUUGCACAAUGUGUAUUUCUGAAAUGUACUCUGUCGCCCUCCCACUCUGUUCUUCUCAUGUUUAGCAAAUACACCAACUUGUAUUUUUUUGCCAUUCAUUGAUUAAUCUGAACCGCUACUAUCUUUAAGUAUUUAAAAUAACAUUUAAUAAAGUGACCAAAAGGGUGACCACC